AUGACAAAAAUAUUAUUCAAAACAAACCGCUUCCUAUCAGCGGUUUUAUCAAAACAUAAAAUUAAAUACAGUACGGCCACGAAGCCAGUUACAACAGUUCUGGUAAAUGAGAAAGAAUACCAAUCGGAUGACUACAGCAACAUCACUCCAAAAAUUAUAUCAUAUCUUGGCCGAAAUUUGCACUUGCAAAAAAAUCACCCACUAUCGAUAGUGAGACAGAGAAUUGUUAAUUAUUUUUACUCAUCUUUCACUCAAAGGGGUAACCCUGCCUUCAGUGUGUAUGAUAAUUUAACUCCUGUAGUUACGACGAAGCAGAAUUUUGAUGAUCUGUUAAUUCCAUUAGACCAUCCAAGCAGGGCAAAAUCUGAUUGCUAUUACAUAAACCGUGGAACUCUACUUCGUGGACAUAUGACGGCUCAUCAGAGCGAACUUUUGAAGUCUGGUUUAGACAACUUUUUAAUGAUUGGUGAUGUUUAUAGAAGGGAUGAAAUUGAUGCCACACAUUUUCCAGUAUUUCAUCAAGUAGAUGCAGUACGGUCACAGCGUAAAGAUGAAUUAUUCCGUGAUAAGCAAGACCUACAUAUAUUUGAACCAAACUUUGAUCCUAACAAUCCUCAAGCGUUCACCAACUCUAUUGAUGACCCUAUGAAACAAAGAUGUCAUACUUUAGAAGCUUCAAAACUAAUGGAAACACAGUUAAAAACCCAUCUCAUUGGUUUAGUCAAAUCCUUAUUUGGUGAAGGCAUCAAAUUCAGAUGGGUUGAAGCUUAUUUCCCGUUCACUCAUCCAUCUUGGGAGUUAGAAAUUUAUUAUGAAAAUAAUUGGCUUGAAGUAUUGGGAUGUGGUAUUGUAAGAAAUGAGAUCCUGGCUAGCGCAGGGCCAAAUAACUCUAUUGCAUAUGCAUUUGGUUUGGGUUUAGAAAGACUUGCAAUGGCGUUGUACAAAAUUCCUGACAUCCGAUUAAUGUGGAGCACAGACUCAGGAUUUCUGACGCAAUUUGAGAAUGUGGAUAUUAAUACCAAAAUUAGAUAUAAGCCAGUGUCUUCGUUCCCACAGUGUACAAAUGAUAUGUCAUUUUGGCUGCCACCUAAUUUGACCGUAGACACAUUUAUGAGUAAUGACUUCUAUGAUCUAGUCAGGGAUGUCGGAGGUGAUAUUAUUGAACAGGUGAAACUCAAAGACAAAUUUGUGCACCCAAAAUCAAAGAAGCAUAGUCUGUGUUACAGUAUUGUAUAUAGACAUCUAGAGCGUACUCUCACUCAGGCAGAAGUCAACCAAGUGCACAAGGAGAUUGAGAAGGCUAUUAUUGCCAACUACGGUGUAGUUAUUAGAUAG